AGAAUUCACUGCUGUGUUUUUGCUUCAAGUCACUGGAAGCUUAUCUUGGCCAAACCAAGAUCCGUUAGCUAAGCUGGUGAGAUGGACAUGGUCUCUGAGAUGACAAGAAGUUAAGUAUAAGUGAGAGGAUGAAUACGGCCCAGAGUGUAGUGUUGGGGUGUGGUGGACUGGUACUUGCUGUCCUCUACCAGUAUGAUUUCCUAUUUACAACCAUAUUUGUAAUCCUCCAUUUACUUGUGAUUGGUGCCGGUAUAUUUCUUGGGUCAUCAUGGUCACUGGUUCGAGGAAAACAGUACAAACCAACAUCAGCUCCUCCUGAAGAUUCAGCUGUCAAUAUGCUGAUACAAAAACUAAUGGAAAGGAAAGCUGAUAAGAGGGGGGAGCCAAAGAAAGUUGUGAUAUCCCGGAAUAUUGACCUUGCCCUUCAAGAAGUUAUUGAUUUGUCUCUACGUGACUUUGUUGUUACUUGGUAUGAAGAUUUGUCAAAGGACCAGGAAUCUCUACUGUCAGCUAUCAGGUGUGACAUUUGGAUCGUAAUUAAACAACUCAGCACCAGGUUAUAUAAAGUAGACAUGAUGAAGUUAAUCACGCAGGAUGUUGUAGAAAAACUUCAUGCUCACUUUACAGAGAUACGAAUUGCAGCCAAGAGUGGUGACAGCAGUGUUGGGGAUGAGAAAAAAUUCCAUCUACAUCCGUGGUUGGCUAGUGAGGCAUCUGAAAGGCAGUUCCUUAGCCAACUCUGUGAGGUGCUUCUUCUUAUAUUUCUCCCUGACAACUACAAUGGCUGUACCACUAUACGGCAUAUCCUCCGUGAAAUCAUCACAUCUGCAGGAUUGCAACCACUGGUAGACAUGGUGUGUGACCCAGACUACAUAAAUGAGAAGCUCAUUGCUUACAUUGACUACCGACGUCAAGUGUCGGAGGACACGCGGCGCACUUACUUGUAUGCUGCCAACUAUGAAGACUUUGUCAAGAUGAUUGGAAAAUGUGAAGACAUCGAGCAUUUAAAACAAAUCAGAUAUAACAUCAUAACAGAAAUUAUACAAGCUACAACUAUCAAGAAUCUGCAGCAGGAACAGGCUGGUACAGGUAAACCUGGGUCACCAAAAGGCAUGGCAAAGGGAGAGUUGUUAAAAUCCAGAAAUUUGAAAAGAUAUAUUAAUCAGCUGACUGUAGCUAAGUCUAAGUGUGAGAAGAGGAUCCGCUCUCUAGGUGGUCCAGAUUACAAGUACUACACAGACAAUGCUGAUGGUGACAACCAGGUUGAGAAGGUGAUGUCUUUUAAUGAAGUGAUGGAUUCACCCCUCGCUAGACAAGAGUUCUUUAAAUUCCUGAAAAGAGAUGAUAAUGAGUCCUUACUAGGAUUUUGGAAUGGUGUUGAGAAGCUGCGAUCUGCUGACAAGCGACAACAUCACCAGCUCGGCAGCAACAUUUUCUACCAGUUCAUCUCUAGUGCCACCACUGUGGUGAAAAUUGACCGGUCGCUUGUGAAAACCAUGGAGACAUUCUUAAAGGGAGAUACUGGCCCAGAUGCUUUCUUUGAGGCUCAGGACCAAGUAUAUCAGGUACUACAGAAAGAUCACUACCCCUCCUUCCUUGUGAGUGACAUCUAUUACCGAUUUAUAAUGAGUGAUGAUGAUGAACGCAUGGAAGCAGUGUCUGUUUCUUCUAAAGACCAGUUCUUCUUUGGACCCACUGAAAGCUUCCUGGAGCCACAAGAUGAAGAUGACUCUGAUGAUACAGAUCUUUUUGCCACUGAGUCGUAUGCAGCUAAGCAGAGACUCGAGAUGCUUGAUGAAAAGAUUCGAAACAAGACACAAGCCAUCCAGGCUGUUAAAUCAUCAAAGAAAACAGAUGAUGCUAAGAUUGGUAAAGUAGAGAAGGACAUGGAGAAGGAGAGGGAGAACUUGAUGAAUGAGAAAAAACAGUUGGAGGCACACAUCCUCCGCAUGCAGGUGUGGUGUGAGAACCAGGGCAAGUGGCGGGCCCAUGUAUACGAAACAGAGACACUUGAGGAGGGCGAGAAGAAAACUCCAGUGUUUGUUUUGAUCAUACACCUGGUUGGGGCUGGUUCAAGUCAAAACCUGCAGAAAAGUAAUCAUGGAUGGGUUGUCUCCCGUACGCUACCAGAAUUUCACAAGAUGCAUCAACAACUUAUACAGAUUGGGUCAUGGUUGAAGAAGAAGGACUUACCUUACAUUGGAAGGUUCACAACAGUAGACGACAAGUUUAUACAGGAGAGUAAAGUGGCAAUUAAUGAAUACCUCAGUGCGGUGAUUAAGGAUGAGAGAAUGGCCCAGAGUGAGGUUUUGUGCCGGUUCCUAACCCCAACACCUGACUACCUGAAACAGCAGGAGACAGCAGCUAAAAAACAAACAUUCUUCUUUGACAGUAUUCUCAAAAGCCUCCCAAAAAUAGGCCAGGAGUCCCAUGACAAUGAGGAUGAAAUGCUGUUUUCUGUGGAUGAUAGUUCAAAACUGGACAGGAGCAAAGACUCUAUAGCAGAACCUUUUUAUAAGCUGGUGAAUGAAGUGUUUGAGCUGAGAGGCAUGUUUAAGUGGCUGAGGAAGAGUUUCAUAGCCUUUGUAGAAGUCAGCUUUGGUAGAUCCAUAAACAGACAGUUGAGGGACACGGUAGACUGGAUUUUCUCUGAACCUAUGAUCAUAUACUACAUACGCAUGUUCAAAGACUCAAUGUGGCCAGAUGGGAAGCUAGCUCCUUAUACUGAGGCCAAAAGUGAUGAGAAGAAAUUUAGAACACGGAUGGAGGCAAAGGAGAAAUUUCUUACAAAUAUUCCAGAUGCUCUGAAAUCUUUACUUGGAGAAAAUAAUGCACGAAGAGGCUCUAUCAAAGUGUUUGAAGUCCUUCAGGAUACCAGAUUAAACAAACACCUGUUUUAUAUUCUUUUGGAAGUGGUUUUGAUGGAGAUCUGCCCGGAGCUUAAUGACUCUGAGACAAUAAUGUCAUCUGCUGAAGUUAUUUCAUUAUAAUGGUAGUCAUGGUUCCACUGAGACAAUAUUGUUAUCUAGUCUUUACUGUAUCGUGAUAGUCAUGGUUCCACUAUGAAUAAUAUCUAAUUCCCGAAACGUUUGAAAUGAGAUUUUAAGCGUGACCUGAUGGUCUGAUGACCUGUAUUACUAGCUAUCAACAAAGAAUGCUAUUUACAGGAAAAUCGUCACCUUGUUGCUUGAUUUUGAUGUUGAAUAAUGAUUUGAGGAUAUACGUAAGCUGCAUAAUCAAAUUUCCGUGAUGGUGGGGAGAUGUUUGUACAAGGUUAAAGCAGAAUGGGGAAAGGAAAUAGGCAGUGAGAAGGCACUUGAUCACUCCUUAUUCAAUCUACUCACAAAGUAUCUUGUAUUGGUUCCACAAUACAAAUUUUUUAACAUGUUGUAGACCUCAUAGUUACUGUUGUUAGUGACAUCCCACCUAUAUAUUCUUGCCUGGACUUUUCCUUAUUGAUAUCAAUGAGGUAUAUUAUCAAUGUCUUCUUGCUCAAUUUCCUGUAGUACAGGUAUUCACCUUAGUUGGAAUUUAUAGUGAUGACAAAAAAUCUACUGCUGCUGUAGAAUUUUCCUUUCUUCAGUCUAGGUUUUGGCAGAAUGUCUGGAUUUCAUGUCUCAGAAAGGAUUAAUGAUUUCUAUUACGUUUGUCAUGAUUUGUUUAUGCAGAAUUUUUCUGAAGAGCUAUUUUGUUAACAUUUAGACAUUUUGUCGAAGAGGAUAACAUUGGCAUAAUAUCUGAAAGGUCAUGUGUAUAAAAUUAAGGUCAUCAUACGUAUUAAAUUCAUUAGCUAAGUAAUAACUGAUACUAAUCUGUUAAACAUAAAGAGAGAAGGAUUGGGGUUAUGAUGUCACUUUGUAUUUCAAUUAUGAUAACAGUGAAAAAUUUGAAAAUAAUGAUAAAGUAAGGUAAAAUAUGGCAUUAUGAUAUUGGACUUGAAACAAUGACUCUGAGAUGAUCAUAAUUGGGAUGUGUUGAUGUGCUAUGAUUUUACAUGAAGUCAUUUUAUGUUGCAUGUUGCUCUUCAUUUUAAAGAUACUGUAAUGUUUAUUUUCUUAUGAUGUACAAAUGCUGCCAUAAGGUGAUGCUUAUCUAGAUGCAUCAGAAACCUAAUGUCAGAUGUCCAAGGGAGAUUUAAAAUUGACAUGUUAAAACAAAAAAAACACUUUUCAGUGGAUUGCACAUAUACAUAUUUUUGUAGCUCUGUAAUGGACACAUGUGAAACUUAUAACAGGAAUGCUUCCAGAUCUUGUCCAUCUGUUUAUUAUAUAAGUUAUAUGUCUGGCUGAUGACAUGUAGGCCUGUCAAAUCAUUGAACAUUCCAUAGAUAUAAGCCUGUUUCCAUGAAGACCUCGUUUGUUAUGUCAGUUUGUUUACUCAUUUAUAUGUUUGUACAAUAUGAUAUAUAAAUAGUACAUGAAAUGUACAGAUUUUUUCCUCUUACAUACAUGUAGUAGUGUGAAGGGAUUUGUGCAAUAAAUAAACAAAAUGAAACAA